AUGCCUUGACUAUAGCUGGAGUGUGCAGUGCAGUUUAAAAGCAGUAACUAUAACUAUGCAAACCUCCCUUCCCUCUGUGAUUCCUCUCACCUCCAUUCUCCCUCACAGCUACUAAAGAGUCCGACUGGUCUCCUAAAGCUGCAGACAGCUCUCAAAUGCCAAGUGGCUCACAAGUGGUGUCUAGCUAUCUCAUCUCUAAUGAACUUCUCCACUCUCCGGUCCCUAGAGGGGGCCACUGGGGGACCCAAUAUUGGAGGAGGUGGGGGUUCGGUGACGAGGAAAUCAUCCGAACCCCCUCUGUCAGUGGGUAUGAUUACAACUGCCUCGGAAAUGGGGAAAGUGCUGAGCGUAAAGAAGGCACUGCAGAAGGCAUUCAUUUCAGUCCAACUAGAGAAGUCGGCCGUGCGGGAUCACAUGCUGGCGUCCCGAUUCCAUUCCACUGGGAAGACGCGGAAUGGCAUGGAGACUGCAAAGUGUGGUGCGGUGGAAGAAUUCUGUGUCAACUUGGUGAAGGUGAUGUCACAAUAUUCACUGAGGCUCCAGAUCCUUCAGCUGUACCAGAGUCUCACCUGCCUUCUCCACACCUUCCCUGCAACCAGAGAUGGCUACUUCACAGUUGGUCAAGUUUCAACCACUCCAAAAUCUGUUCCUCCUCUCGUCAAAGAUCCUCGGUCAGCUCUCUCCCGGCCUCCCCUCCUCCUGACAAAGGAUGGAUCCAGAAUCAGAAACCUGUGGUACAUUCCCCAUACCACCGAGAUACUGACCAUGUUCUCAGAGGGAGCACUGGAAGAUAGAGUGACACGUCUCAAGACCAUUCUGAGUCUGGUGAGCCCACUGGUUAUGAUACUGUGGUACCAGGUGUCCUACGUGAGACUGGGCACCUGUGAGGGGGAGGGUAGGAGAGGGUUCAGUGGAGACUGGGGAGGCACCGAGGGAAUUGGGAAUGUGGUUCAGAGACUGCAGAAUGAGAUCGCUGAUUUGCCAGACCCCUUCAGAUCCACAACAGGUCUACACACCAUUCUUCAGAUUUUUGAGAAUGCACAUCAC